GAACCCUUUACCCAUUAUUGGCGACAUCAUAGCUUUAAAAAAUAUAUAAACCGUACCUUUUCGUCACACGCCGCAGGAAGAAAAUAUAAUUGAUUACCUACCCAUUCUGCUUUUACUUGUAGCGAUUUUUUUUUCGUUGUAUUAUUCUCAUAGCCUACGUUGGCUACAGUGUGCAAUAGGCUAGGUAUAGCGUGGAUUCCAAAAUGAGCAGCUCGCCGAGGAUAGGCUAACGCCGAAAUGAAUGACACUGCAGCCCUCGACUGGGAUGUGAUUCUACCUGCAGACAGUGUUUUACGAUAAGUCGGGUUCUGUGCGUAUCUGACAGCGGGCAUGAUCCAUUGUGUGAUUUCUCGUCGUUUUGAACGGGCGAAUCCCUUCAUCCGAGGGCGCAGCAUCAACAAAACACACACGAGCCACCCUGACAAAGACAUGGACACGUCGCCUUUGAUGCCCCCGUAUCCUCAUCGCUACUGACAUGACAGCUCAGGGCAGAAAGACGAGGAUCAGAGGGCACAGACCUGCCGCCGGACGCGUGGAUUCCAAUAGGAAUUACAGUGCUGGACUCAUGCAGCGAGUUCAGUCCAAGGACACCAGUAUCGCUUUUGCAGGGGAGAAGCGCAGAGUGCAGCGGACAUAUCGGCAAAACCUGGGAAAAGGGGCCGGUGCACCCUCCCCCAAACCUCCAUCGUCAUAUAUUUCCCCUUCUUUUACUGCUCUCCUCUGAUCAAAACCUUGUCUUAUAUUGCUUUUGUGUACCAAAUUCAAGUGUACAUUUCUUUCAAAUAUGCUGCUUCUUGUUAUUUGAUCUGUUUAAUCCAUUGACAUCACUUGGCUGUGUUUGAUUGUGGAACUGACGGGUGUUUCCGAUUUGGGUGGAAUGGUGACCGAGUUAGGACUGCUCUCCCCCUGGUUGGUUUCACUGACGCUGACGCUAACCGCAGCCAUGGGCUGCAUUCAAAGCAUUGCUUGCAAAUCACGAGUCCAGCGGGAAAAUAUCGUGGUGUACGACGUCUCAGCCACAAUCGACCAGUUCCCGACGGCAAUUGAGGAGGACUCGCCCAUAGUACUGCGCUACAAGACGCCUUACUUCAAGGCCUCGGCCCGGGUGGUGAUGCCGCCGAUUCCUCGCAACGAGACAUGGGUGGUAGGCUGGAUUCAGGCUUGCACACAAAUGGAGUUUUACAACACCUACGGUGACAUUGGAAUGUCGAGCUGGGAGUUACCGGAGUUACGCGAGGGUCGAGUGAAGGCCAUCAGCGAUUCGGACGGCGUGAGUUACCCCUGGUACGGCAACACCACAGAGACGGUGACCCUGCCGGGCCCCACCUCCAAGCCCUCACGCUUCACCAUCAGCAUGAACGACAACUUCUACCCCAGCGUGACGUGGGCGGUGCCCGUCAGCGACAGCAACGCCCCGCUCCUCACCCGCAUCAAGAGGGACCAGAGCUUCACCACCUGGCUGGUGGCCCUCAACGUGGCCUCCAAGGAGAAGAUCCUCCUGCAGACCAUCAAGUGGCGCAUGCGGGUGGACAUCGUGGUGGAGCCCUCCAGGACCCUGGGCUGCCGGGCCACGCUGACCGGCCGGCCUCAGCAGGAGCAGCCGCGGAUCCUGGCGCGCAUGGAGCCCAUACCGCCCAACGCUCUGGGACGGCCCAACGCCAACGACGCACAGGUGCUCAUGUGGAGGCCCAAGAGGGGAAUGCCGAUGGUGGUCAUACCACCGAAAUAAAGGCGGGACCCCCUGCUAAGGCGCAGGGGCGGAAACUAGCCCGUACGGGAGGAAGUUUGCCUUACGUGCACAUCGUGCCAGAGACCUCCUUUCAGUUUGUGAGCAAGAGCAAAGGUUAUGAGAAUCUGCCUUAAGUCCCCUUUGGGCUGAAUGCAGAAACGACUGCUUUUAAAGAGUGUUUUACCAGUGGACCACUGGCUCUACUCAACACUGAACCUCACAGUAGACAUGGCCUUGCAUCACUGGAGUGCCCAGAUUAAAAUGGACAAGAAGUAUUAAUAAAUCCAUAAACUUUAUAACUGUUGACACAUCACUGGAGGGGCCUGUAUGUACACACAUUUUGUCACACAAAAAGAGGAGGAAUUCAGUACAAAUAUGGGGAGAGUGUUAGUAGUAGUAGAGCGUAGUAGGUCGCUGCAGGGUGGAGAUGUGGUUGGAGUGGUUGACUAUAGGCCCCAAGCAAGUCUGUGUACCCAGCUUCUGUAAAACAUCACCAGUGAGUUCAGACCAGGUCACGAUGCCCAAGGUCUUCAUUACUUCAGUCCAACAGAUCCUGAUGCAGGACUCCUUCAGUCCUGACAAGGUCAUAGAUUCAAGGUCAUAGGUUAGCUGGAAGUGAAAGAGAUGAUGCAACCUUCUUGCCAAGGCUCUUCAGGUAGACUCCUGAACAAAGUGUAUGUCAGUAGGGGAUGCGAGGGACAUGUGUGGAGAUAAUGACAUGUAAAUGCUGCAGUAGUAUCUCACCUCGCCUGAGUAGUAGCUGAAGCAAAAUACAAAAGCACUCCCUGCACAGGUCAUUAAUCAUGUAAAAUAACAUUUGGACAGGUAAGGAAGAGCAAUGGUGAAUCCAACUU